AACAGGGGAGGCAGUCGCUAACCUGUACGAUAAUACAACAGCUGUUUUUUUUUAUUUUUUCCGAUAUAGUGAUCAACCUAGAUCACCGUGCCGUCAGUUCACCUCGAGAUAUACAGGUGUAGCCGCUGUACCGUCGUACAGCGUUAGUAACUGCCUCCUCUAUUCCUUUUUUAUCGAGAGUGUGCGAGAGAGAACGCAAAGUAAACAUAGAGUGCAUCCUUUUCUAUGUGAGAUAUACCCCUACUCCUCGAACACGUAGUCUAUACUAUAACUGGUAUACUAUACUAUAGUUGCGUUCCGAUCCUUUUAUGCGUGAGUUAUAUUCCCAACCUUGAAAUUUAGGAGAAAAACGCGCAGUUUAGUCUAGGUAUACUAUGUCUAUGAUAUAGAUUGUAUGACAACAAUUUGAGGUCGUAACUGUGAAUUUUGAUGGCUUCUCAGCAUCCAACACAAGAUAAUAUGACGCAAUAGUGAAGAUUGGUAAUUCGUUAUCUGCGAUAAGUCGAACAUACAGAUAACGUGGUUGUGACAUUUUCCUUCGAUUUACAUCUCCUCGAGUUUUACAUAAAACACUCGGUUCGUAUUCGAAGGCAGUCGGUUGUUCCACGGAUAAGUAGCCAGACGUGUCAUACUCGCAUUGCCAUGUCAAUGGAAAAAAAAAUCGAUGUUGAUAUAAGACAUAUGCGAAUUAAAUACAAGCGAAAAGAGGAUGCUUUCACGGAAGAUAAACUAGUGAGUAAGGAACCAAUUGGACAGUUCAAAGCAUGGUUCGAAGACGCCUGUCACCAUUGGAAAAUUCUGGAGCCUAAUGCAAUGUUUGUCGGAACAGCGACAAGAGACGGUAUUCCGUCCAUUCGCCCGGUCUUGCUAAAGCAUUAUAGCACCGAGGGUUUCACGUUCUACACGAAUUACGAAAGCAGGAAGGGCCAAGAAAUAGCUGAAAAUCCACGUGUCGCACUCACGUUCUACUGGGAGGGUAUACAACGAAGUAUACGUAUCGAAGGGAUCGCGAAGAAAACAUCGCCGGAAAACUCGGACAGUUAUUUUCAAAGUCGACCGUACGAAAGUCGAAUUGGCGCCAUAGCCAGCAAACAGAGUAGAGUGAUACCUAGUAGAGACUUUCUUAUUGAGAAAGAGACAGCGCUUCUCGCGGAGUAUGAGGAUGGUCCUAGACCGGUUAAAAGACCGGAAUGUUGGGGCGGUUAUCUCGUCGUGCCGCAUUCCGUAGAAUUUUGGCAAGGCCAAAGCGAUCGUCUUCAUGACAGAAUACGCUUCAGACGUCCGGAAGCGAACGAAAGAAUCGACAAUAUGUUUGUACACGAAGGAGAGGACGGAUGGGUUUACGAAAGAUUGUCGCCAUAGAAAAACGCACGGUAUUGUCAUUGGAAUAGAAUAAUAAGAAAUACAACGUUCUUAGGAUAGUAGACAGAUGAACAAUUAGCUCCUCGCAAUUUUCUUCUGCGAAAAAAUAGAUAGUAUUAGUUAUUCAUGCAACAUUCCAAAUGAAUACCUUAUGUUUCAAGUGAAUACCUCAUAUUUGCUCAAAGAUAAUAAUUUAUAUGGAAAGAACAAUAUAUGAUAUCUGUAUAGUAUCGAGACAAAAAUCUUGUUUUUCGCUGGUGGAGAUGCAAGGAUCCUUAAUGAAUCUUCCUCAUAAGUUUUAGUAUUUCACGGUUCAGUCCUAAAAUGUAUACACAAUCAUUAACUGAUCAAGCUGAUGAACAAAAGAAUAUAUUUACACUAUAAUUAUUCACCACAUGAAGUCUUCCAGAUAGUUUUAACGUCGAAGUGCCCUUCAUUCUGCACAAAACUCUCGAAUUGCCUCAUCCCACCACCCACACCAAAAUAAUAAAUUUUUCCAGCGACGAAUCUAACAGUAGGAUCCAGUUCUGUCUUAUAAUUUAUUUAUAUAAAAAUAAACUAGGUGACGAUGUAAGGUACUCACAUAACACCGUCGAUCUUCAGCCUCUUUUUAAAAAUCUCAUAUAGCUUUUUGUAAUUAUCCGGAUUAUAGAUUGUCUCGCUCG